AUUUGAUUAGCAUUCUCCCUCUUUCUAUGAUUCCUAUAAGUUCCUCAUUAAUAUCUUAAACUGAUAAUUAUUUGCAGUUUCAGUACAUAGUUUCUCCAAUGAUGAAGUUCCCACUCCGACCCAUCGUUGCUUUUCUCGUAGUUGCAUUACUGGUGGCAACGCAUGCUGCCUUAUCUCCUGAGCUUUACUGGAAGUCCAUGCUUCCCACUACACCCAUGCCCAGAUUUAUCGCAGAUCUCCUCCACCCAGCUGGUUAUGGCACCACCGUCCACAGAAGGGUCGAUCGCCAAGCAUAUUGUGCAAACGAGUAUUGUUAUGCUGACUCUGAGACCAAACUCCACAAUAACCCCAACACAGCUCUCUUCUUCUUGGAAAAGGACUUGAAGGUUGGUCACAAAAUGAAUUUGCUCUUCACGCAAGCCUCCAACCAAGCAUCCUUCCUUCCCCGUGGAGUCGUGAAAUCCAUUCCCUUUUCCUCAAGCAAAGCAAGGUACGUAGUGUCUGACUCAUUCUACCAUGUUUGUGAACACUGAUAUUCUGAAGAGUUAAAGAACAUUUUCCCCCCUUAAACUUAUUUUUGAAGAGUGCUAGACACCUUAGACCCACUAAACAAAUUUUUUCAAGAGCAAAAUUGCUCUUCUAUUAGAGUCUCAUCAUUUUCACUGUUAUUUACUAAUGAGGAGGAAUAGUGGGACCUACAAAUAGUGACAAGGCAUUCUAACCCAUUUUGACCAUCUAAAAUGAGCUAAAAGGGCUGGAAGUGGAAGUGGUAGUAGUAGAAACCGAGCAUAAUUUUGGCAGCAAAACGGGUUAAAAUGCCUUGCUGUCACUAUGCAUGAGCCCCACAAUUAUUCCACAUUAGCAAAUAAUGGAGAAGAUGAUGGGUCUCUAACGGAGGACAAUUUGCCCCUGAAAAAAUUGUUUAGGGGCAAAAUAUUGCCCCACCUUUCAUUACAAGGUGUCCAACACUUUUCAAAAAAACCAUUUAAGGGGAAAAAUUGUCUUUAACCCUAUUCUGAAACUAACCCUCUGUUUGGAUGGAAAGAAAUGUUGAGAAUGAAAGAAAAUGAAGAGAAAGAAAACUGAAAAGAAAAUAUUAUCUUUCCUUAUGUUUGGAUGAGUAGGGAAAACAGGGAGAAAGAAAAUGAGCAAAUAGUAUAAUGACUAUGAUACUCUUGUAUCAAAAUAUGUCUUGUUUUAUGUAAUUAUUUUUAUAAAAACAAAUUAAAAGGAAGAAUUAUAUUAAAAUUAACUUCAUAAAAAUUAAAAUCAAUUUGUUUAUUAAAAAUAUAUUAUCAUAUUAUUAUAUUUUAAAACCAAAUAAUUAAUAAAAAUAUAUUAUUUUUAUUUAAAAUAUUAAAAUGAGAUAAUUUAUUAAAAUUAAAUAUAAAUCAUCUAUUCAAUAUAGUUGGACAUUGUAGCUUCUGGUGAAGAAGAAAAAGAAGAGUAGGGGAGAGAGAGAAGUUAGGCAUGAGAGAGAGAGAGAGAGAUUGACAAAUUGUAAAGAUGGAAAAAAAAAAAGGGAGAAGAAAGAAUGGCAUAUAUGAAAUAACAAAUUUCUUCCCAAAAUCUAUCCAUAUAUGGAGAGAAAACUUGGGAAAAAGUAUGGCGGGUCCUACCUUCUAUUACUUCUGUACUUUUCCUUCCUUUUAUUUUUCUUUCCUCAUUCAAGUAGGGAAAAAUUUGUUUUCUUCCUAGUUUUCCCCUCUUAUUUUCUUUCCUCCCACAUUUUCUCUCCAAACAAAUGAAGCAUAAGGGGAAAAAUAGAUAAUUUAUGUAUUUGUGAUUCUUUACUAACAGAUGACUGAGAUAUUGAACAAAUUUGCUGUGAAGCCCGGGUCAAAAAAGCUGAGGUUAUGAAUAACACAAUUAAACUUUGUGAGGAGUCAGGGAUUAAAGGAGAAGAGAAGUAUUGUGCCACGUCAUUGGAAUCCAUGGUUGACUUUAUCACUUCCAAGCUUGGGAAAAUGUGGAAGCUUGGUCUACAGAGGUGAAGAAGGAAACAAAGAACCAAGAGUACACAAUAAUGCAGGGAGUGAAGAAGGUGGGAGAGGCCAAAGUGGUUGUUGCCACAAGCUCAAUUAUGUGUAUGCUGUGUUUUACUGUCACAAAUAAUGAACACAGUUGCCUAUACGGCGUCGUUGAAGGGGGCUGAUGGGAGUAGGGUUAAAGCUGUGAGUGUAUGUCACAGAGACACGUCACAGUGGAACCCAAACAUUUGGCCUUCCAAAUGCUAAAAGUGAAACCAGGGAGUGUUCCUAUAUGCCACUUCCUUUUUCAAAACACCAUUGCGUGGGUUCAAAGAUAAAUUAGGUGAAUUCACAUAUUUAGCGAAUUUCACUACUCAGUCUUUCUCCUCCUAGACAUCUGACUGGUGAGUGAACGAGAAAGUGUGUGUGUUUGUAGAUGGUAUGUUUUUUUUUCUUUUUUGUGUAUAAUUUGAAUAAGCUUUCUAUUUCUCAUUUUCUCUUAUUGGCCAUUAUCGUACAACACAACAAGUCUUGUACCA